UCGGAAAUCGGAGUGCGCGUAGCUCCGGAAAGCGGCCCGCUUUCUUCUCCUCGCCUGGGCCGGGAACAGGACGGGCUCCAAGUGCGCGCAGUGUCCUGCAACCCGCGCCCCGAGGGAGCCUCUGGCGCGCCACUCCGCUGCACCCCGGGGAGAAGGGCUUCGGCGGGUGCCCCGGGAGCCGGGAAGGCUCCUUCCCGGGCUGUGUGCCCCCGCCAGCCCCCUGGCACUGCAGGUGCUCCGCGCCGGGCAGUCCCAGCCUCUCCCCCAGCUAACCCACCCGUCCCUGAACCAAACCGUUCCCAGGCUCCGCUGGCCGCGGAGCUCAGCGCCCAACUCCCCCGGGAGCUCGGGCGCUUAGUGUCGGCGCUGACGGACGGGGGCUCCCCUGGGCCUCGUUAGCGGCCUCUCCCCCCGCAGUGGCUCGCUGGCUCCUUUCCUGAGAGCCGGCCGGAGCUGGGCUUGCGGGGCGCCCGGUCACUGGCUCUGAGAGCGCUCCGUCCCCGGGCCGCUGCCGGGCAAACCCGCGUCCCAGCUCCGCGCUCCCUCUGUCCCGGGGACGGAGCUGCCGGCUCUUCCCGCAGGGGGCUGUUUUGAUUCGACUCCCAGCACCGUGUGGUCAGUCCCCGUGCGCGGGGAAGCCGGCGACACAAUCCCGACCCACGGGCGCUGCGUCUCCUGGCAGAAGAGACAAACCCUACCCGACCUCCAGCUCCCAGGCGUCCUACUUGCAGUGACGGCGCAACGCGAUCCUGUUCCCCCCGAUGGUGAAAUCAAGCCGGAGAGCCCCCCCCCCCACCGGCAUCUUAUCCCGUGCUGCCUUGGUGGCUUUCAGAGCGCUCCGGCCGCAAUCAAAUUGGGGAUCCCUGGAGGGCCCAAAUAUCUGUCUCCCAAAUGAGGAGAAUCGGAAUCCUCCCUUCGGGUUAGAGAGGCAUUUUGAGCUGGGAAGGAGAAACGCGCGUCGCCUGACAACGGAAUGAGCUUUGCACAUACUUUCUCGGACGAGCUCUGCCUCGAUGGUUCUCAUCUGGAAGCAGCUCCCAGAAUGGCCCAUAAAGAAAUCCAUUGGAAUAUUAGUCCAAGGAGGUGCUUUGGGGACAGUUGGCAGUGCAAUGGCUUCCAAGUAUCUCAUAGUGGUUCUGGCCAUUUUCUCCUCUUUUGCCCAAGUUGUAAUAGAAGCCAGCUCUUGGUGGUCUUUAGGUAUGAAUCAUAUGAAUCCUAUGAACCCUGUUCAGAUGUCAGAGGUAUAUAUAAUAGGAGCACAGCCACUAUGUAGUCAACUAGCAGGACUUUCCCAAGGACAGAAGAAACUCUGCCACUUGUAUCAGGACCACAUGCAGUAUAUUGGAGAGGGGGCAAAGACAGGCAUUAAGGAAUGCCAGUAUCAGUUCAGACACAGAAGAUGGAAUUGCAGCACUGUGGACAACAACUCUGUUUUUGGCAGAGUCAUGCAGAUAGGCAGUAGGGAGACUGCCUUUACUUACGCAGUCAGCGCUGCCGGGGUGGUUAAUGCAAUGAGUCGCGCCUGCCGAGAGGGGGAGCUCUCCUCCUGUGGCUGCAGCAGGGCAGCCAGGCCCAAAGAUUUACCCCGGGACUGGCUGUGGGGUGGCUGUGGGGAUAACAUCGAAUAUGGCUACCGCUUCGCCAAGGAGUUUGUGGACGCUCGGGAGCGUGAGAGAAUUUACCAGAAAGGCUCUUACGAGAGUGCUAGGAUUUUGAUGAACCUGCAUAACAACGAGGCUGGAAGACGAACUGUGUAUAACUUGGCUGAUGUGGCCUGUAAGUGCCAUGGGGUGUCUGGCUCCUGCAGCCUGAAGACCUGUUGGCUGCAGCUGGCCGAUUUCCGCAAAGUGGGCGAUGCCCUGAAGGAGAAAUACGAUAGCGCUGCUGCCAUGAAACUCAACAGCCGGGGCAAGCUGGUGCAAGUGAACAGCCGCUUCAACACGCCCACCAUCCAUGACCUGGUCUACAUUGACCCUAGCCCCGACUAUUGCGUGCGCAAUGAGAGCACCGGCUCCCUGGGCACCCAGGGCCGCCUCUGCAAUAAGACCUCAGAGGGCAUGGAUGGCUGCGAACUCAUGUGCUGUGGCCGGGGCUAUGACCAGUUCAAGACAGUGCAGACAGAGCGCUGCCACUGCAAGUUCCAUUGGUGCUGCUAUGUGAAAUGCAAGAAGUGCACAGAGAUCGUGGACCAGUUCGUGUGCAAAUAGGGGGUGAUGAGGUGGGAGGUGCUUCUCCUACCUGCCAGCAAGGGUGCUACCCCCAGGACAAUCUCCACUUUAUUUAUAGAGUCCAAUGAUUUUUUUUCUUUUUUUUUAUAAAGGUUACAAAAAGAAGUGACUGGAACCUUUUCUGCACCCAUCCUAGGACUGUGUGUGGUUUAUAUUUUUGGCAAUAAUGGGGGAGAACCCAAGAAAAUAUUUAUUUUACCCAAAAAAAGAGACUUUUUAAAAAAAUAGCGUAGUUUGAAGGGAAAUCCAACAUAGCCUAACUUAGUCCCAUGAGUCAUAGUACAUGUGCAGCCAGCAAAGAAUUCUUAGGUGCUUGGGAUCUGAGAAUGAUCCUUAUGAACACACUAACCCACAAACCUGUGCAUGAUUUUAGCUUCAGUGACCAAAAGUAGUCUGAUAGGUGCAUACAAAGCUGAUCAAUACAUCCAGGGGUUCAUAAAAGGAGGGCUGGUAUAUCCCCAGGAGGGCUCAGCACAAAGCUACUAUGAUGUCAAUCACAUGACUGCAAGGUGCUAAUUUAAAGGUGAGAUAAUUAAAGGGUACGAGCGCAUAAGACUUCUAAAGGGUUCAGCUAUGGUAUUUAGGACCUAAAGUCUUGGGCCAGUAGCUAGCAAGACCAAGAAAAAAAUCUGCCUUGAUUAACACUAAAGGUGUACAUCAAAGCAGGAUGUGACCUAUCAGCUCUUCAUCUAAUUGUGUAUGAAGUGUGAGUAUUCCAUCUUAGCAAGCAAUGCCUUACUGAUAAAGAAUAUCAGGAGCAAGUGACCUUUGAAUCUCACCGAACAGUGUGCUCUGGUCUGACCCAAUAGAAAUUGCACCACUGCAGCUGUUUCACUGUCCUACUCUGUGGAAAGCCCUUUAGGAAACAGAAUUCCCCUAAUUUGAAGUGCCUUUUAAAAAACAAAGUGGUGUGAUAGCUGGCCAACUUUCAAAACACAGCUUAGUAAAUAACCCCUCUUAUCCAAGGAAAUCAAUAAUUAACCAUCAAUCAUUCUUGAGAUGGUUGAUUUAUUGUGGAUUUUGGGAAAGCUUUGACUUGAGGAGACAAUAGUUUCAUGUCUUAAUGAUGUUAAGUGGCUAUUUUAGUUCAAUGAAAUAUUGCAGCGAUGCCAAAUUUAUCAUCUGAUGUCUUCAGAACACGUGCUUUAGAUAAUAUAUUGCAGGUAUACACUAAAACUGUUCAGACUGUACUUGAGCAGUUACAUAUAUACGGGAAAACUGUGGUCUGCUGGUGUCUGAUAUUUCAGAGCUUUUUGUACAUAUAUAUUUCAAUACAGCCAGUGAUUUUUAUAAAACUGCUAAAGUUACAGAGGCAGUUCAUCAGUUAGGAGCAUAUUAUUCCCCCAUUUCCUUUUACAAAUCACUUUUAGGAUUUUUUGAUAUUGAUUCUAGCAUUCUUGGUGUCAUAACACAAAGGUUUUAAGAAUACUUUAAUCACAAAGAAGUUAAGCCUCUUCUUAACCUAAGGGGGCUUCUUGAGCUACAGGUAGAACAGAUACCAUGCACUUGAAUUCACACUUGGUUGGAGACUGCUUCUCUCUUCCACUUUCCUGCAAGGGCAUUAUUGAUUAUCAUUGAAACAGAAACCUUAAAAUUCCCUAGCACAAACUGUAUUUGGCCCUUCGUUUGUCUUAAGGGUUUUUUUAAUUUUUUGAGAUGGAAAUCAGUACCUACUACAGCAACUUCUUGUGUUUCCCCCAAUAUAGCGUAUUUACAAGAACACAGUUAGCAUUUGUCAUUGGUUCAGAAACCUCACCCCAAAUCAUUCCCAUCCCAUAAAUUAAACAAAUUGGCAUUCAAUACCAAACAAGUAAAAUCCUCCACUUUAGCUUAGUCAUACUAAAGCCUUAACUUCUCACAAGCCUAUAAGCUGUUGCAUUAAGUUCAUCUUGAUCAUUUAUCAGCUCUUUAAAUGAUGCUUUAUUGCUCUUAAUUUAUUAAGAACAUAUUUACCCCUCUCUUCCAGAUGUUUGCAAACCAAGUAUCUUAAAAUUAAGAAAGGCACUACUUCAUUGAAUAUGUCACUUUUGGUUUUUAUUAUACAAAAACCAUAGUCAUUUUUUAUUUGCUGAAUCGCAUCUUGUUCCUUUUUUUUAGUGACUCCUGUCUGUGAGCAGAGCUGAGUCUAACGAUCCUAGCUUUUAAAAUACUAUUUAAUGUAAAAUAUUUUACUUGUCAUUCAGAUAUUAUGUAAAUCUUCUAUGUCAUUUCCUCUGUUUGUUCUGUACAUUUAAUGUACAUAUUUCUGUCUUGCGUGAUUUGUAUAUUUCACUGGUUUAAAAAUUUUUUUUGAAAGGCUUUAUGCCAUAAUGGAAGAUAGACUAUAAAAAUAAAACUUUGUAUGUUGGGAA